AUCACUCUUAAAGGAUUAAUCACACCUCUAAGAUCACUCACAAAUAGAACAAGAAGAGGAUUACAAGUAAAGAUCUCUUAAAUAUCAAAAACCCAAGUUAAAGCUCAUGUAGGACGCAAAGCUCGAGUUGUAGGAUUGUUAGGAGAGUCGGCUUAUCUUACUAGAGUCGGCUCACCAUUUCUGUAGCUGGCUUGGUGGCAAAAGAGGAUCUUGUUGAGAUUCCUUUCUGGAUCCAAAUUUAUGGCCUACCACCAGGACGCAUGACCAAAGCAACGGGUGAAAGGAUUGGUGCAUAACUUGGAAGACUCCUCGAGGUGGAUGCGAGGGAUGGACGGGUGUGGGGUAUGGAGUUCAUUCGUGUGCGGGUUUGUAUUGACUCAAGGAAGCCUUUACGUCAGGGUAUGAAGCUUUCUUUGAAGGAUGGGCCACUCUGGAUCUCUUUCCAGUAUAAGCGACUUCCACAUUUCUGUUAUUGGUGUGGUAUGUUGGACCAUGUUGAAUGAGAUUGUGAGCUGGGACUGGAGAUGGAAAGUACGGGGUUGACAGAGCAUCCUUAUGAUGAUAGCCUCCGAUCCAUGCCAAAGUGAGGAAAACAAGGGGCAGCAGCGAAUACUGGGAGAUGGCUGCGCGAUGCUUCUGGCAACCUCGUCAGAGAAGAGCCACAGUGGAGGAGCUAGAACCCAAAAAUGGAAAACCACUCAAAAUCGGAAACUCGCGGUCCCCAUGGAGAUAUGAUUGAUUUUAAUGGCCAUGACUGGCGGAGAAAUAAGGAAGAUUUGGUUGGGCAAAUUGAAAAUACCAAUAUGGGAGCUAAUCUCAAGUUUGAGAGAAAUGCGCUUGAUGAGCGCUAUUCUAGCUCGGAGCAAUUAGGCCCUCAUAUGGAAAGGCAGCAGACUCAAGGGAUUUUAAUGGAUCCUACAAACACUAAUAAUGAGAUUACUGUGGUUAACAAUAAUAUUUCAAUGGAGCUAGAUCAUGGGCGGGAAAUGCUACUCAUUAAGAGCUAUGAGCCGGUUGGGCUAGACACCCCACACAAUGUAGCAGACAAGCAAAGCCCAAGCCACUUCGGGCCCAUCCCCCUAACCCAGACAGGGGCUACAGGCCCAUUGUUUAUGUUCUCUUCUGCCCAGAAUACCAAUCCCUCCAAGAAUAGAUCUUGGAAAAAGGAUGCUCGGGAGCGACGCCACCAGAACUCACCCAUUUCGCUAUCUUCAAGAAGAGUCAAGCGAAAGGAUGAGCAAUCUUUGAUUAUCAAAAGUGGGCAAACUGGAAGUGAGAAGCGUGGGAAAGGCAUAACGGUUCGCUGCCUCAUCGAAUUGGUGGGGCUCAAGAAGCCUGCAGUAGUGUUUUUGUGUGAAACUCUACUGGAUAUAAGGGGUAUGGAGAAAGUUAGAAGGAGACUUGGAUUCAGACACUGUUUUGUUGUGGACAGGGUGGGGCGUAGCGGAGGAUUGGCUAUGCUUUGGAAUCCUGAUAUUCAAUUAUCAUUGUUAUCCUACUCACAAAAUCAUAUAGACAUGGAGGUAGAAGGCAUGGGAUCCAGUCACUGGCGAUUUACAAGCUACUAUGGUCAUCUUGAGAGGCAUAAUUGUAAGCGAUCAUGGUUAUUAUUGCGAGACUUAGCUGCUCAAUCUGCUUUGCCAUGGUUGAUCAGUGGGGAUUUUAAUGAUCUUUUACAUUUAGAUGAGAAAUUAGGCGGUACCUCUCAACCUAACUGGAUGCUACAUGGCUUUAAAGAGGUGGUGGAUGCAUGUGAUUUGGCUGAAGUUCAGAUGGUUGGUGGUCAGUUCACUUGGCGCCGAGGAGGUGUUAAGGAAAAGUUGGAUAGAGGCACCAUUACCAGAGACAAACCAGGCGCAAAAAGAGAUUCUGAUUUGAGGAGAUGUGGCUUCGAGACCCCAGCUGUCAGGAAACAGUUCAAUCUAGCUGGGCUUCUUUCAUCGGCAUGGGUGAUUGGUCCUCCUUAUUGCAAAAGAUGCGCCUUUGUUCUACGAACCUCCAACGAUGGAAUUCUUCACAUUUUGGCCAUGUACAGAAAUGGUGAAUGGAAGCAUAAAUUUGAAGAGCUGCAGGUUAUUGCUACAACUUAUUUCUCUUCACUGUUUUCGUCAACCGCCCCUAGCAGUAUUGAGCAAGUAACUAGUUGUUUAUGCCUUCGAGUGACAAUAGCAGCUAAUGACUUCUUGCUCCAGCCUUUCAUGGAGGCAAAUAUAACAGAGGCACUCUAUCAAAUGCAUCCUACGAAGGCCCUCGGGCCGGACGGAUUAUCACCUAGUUUUUUCCAGUGUUUUUGGAGUAUUGUAAAAGAUGAUAUUGUCAAGCCAUGCUUAGAUUUCUUGAACAAUGGAGGGGUACUUCCACAUGGGCUGAACUUCACUCAUAUUGUGCUUAUUUCGAAAUGUAAUGAACCUACAACAAUGGCGGACUUGCGUCCGAUAAGCCUAUGUAACGUCAUUUACAGGAUUCUAGCAAAGGGGAGGAGGAAGCGAGGCUGGCAAGCUAUAAAGUUAGAUAUGAGUAAGGCUUUUGACCGGGUUGAAUGGCCUUACUUGGAGCAGGUUAUACACGCGCUUGGCUUUGCGGAAAGGUGGAUCAGAUUGAUCAUGGAAUGUGUCUCAUCAGUGACAUACGAGGUUCUACUAAAUGGUAAGGAGGUAGGACAGAUCAUCCCAUCUCGAGGCUUGAGACAAGGCGAUCCACUAUUGCCUUACUUGUUCAUUCUCUGUGCUGAAGGUCUCACAGCCAUGAUUCACAAGGCAGAUAAUAGUAGGAGUUUGCAUAGCAUCCAAAUCUGUAGGAGUGCACCAAAAGUUUUUCAUUUGUUCUUCGUUGAUGACAGUCUUCUUUUCCUCCACGCCAUUGAAACAGAAGCCGCAAAUUUAAUGGCCAUCUUGCAAGCUUAUGAACAAGCAUCUGGCCAAGUUAUUAAUUUACAAAAAUCUUCCAUCACUUUCAGUAGUAAUGUACAACCAAGGGCGAGGAGCCGUAUCUCACAUAUAUUGGGCAUAAAGGAAGUAGACAGUCCGGGGAGAUAUCUUGGGUUCCCUGCUGAUAUAGGUAGAUCGCGCAUUGCCACUUUUUCAACUUUGAAGAGUAAAUUUUGGGCGCACAUUGCUGAAUGGAGAGAACAACCUUUAUCUAGAGCUGGCAGGGAAGUGCUCAUAAAAUCAGUGCUGCAAUCUCUUCCAACAUAUGUGAUGGGUCUUUUUUUGCUACCGAAGGCCAUAUGUACAGAUCUAGAGCUUAUUAUGAAUCGUUACUGGUGGGGAGGAGGAGAGGAUGAGCAUAAGAUUCACUGGAUGGAAUGGAGGAAGCUUGCAAUCUCGAAAAAAUCAAGAGGAUUGGGUUUCUGUGCUAUGCGGGAAUUUAACUUAUCUAUGCUAGGGAAGCAGGUAUGGCGGCUGUUAAUGCAUCCGAACUCUUUAGCAGCGAGAAUUAUGAAGGCAAGGUACUUUCCUCGUUCGACUAUUCUUCGUGUAGAACUGAAAUCCCCUUGCAGUGUUACUUGGCUAAGCAUUUGGCACUCAAUUGAAUUACUAAACCAGGGUUGUCGGCGUCUGAUCGAAACAAACUCAUGGAUGAGGGAUCUAGUGCUUGAGACCUUCAAUGCCCAUGAAGCCCGAUUGAUAUUAGCUAUACCCUUAAGCUGGAUGGGAAGGGAGGACAGCUGGAUGUGGAAUUUUACCAAACAUGGAUGCUACUCAGUUCGAUCUGGGUACCACAGAGCUAUGGAUUUGAGCAGAAAUCAUGCUGGCCCAUCCGUAUCCUCAUCGAGCUUUGGUGGCAAUCGGAUUUGGUCCUUGGAUAUCCCAGAGAAGGUACGUCUGCUUACCUGGAGUGCUUACAGGAAUGUUGUUCCCACAAAGGACAACCUCCACAAAAAAUGUGUGGACAUAGACUUGGAGUGUCCAAUGUGUGGGGUGGAAAGGGAAUCUGUUUUUCAUUGUUUUAUGUCCUGUUCUAUUGCCCGAGCAGUAUGCCGGAACGACGCUCUGUGGAACAACAAAGGCCCUAAUCCCCAUCAUAUUAUUAAACGUAGCUUGGAUUUUCAGAUGGAGUACAAAAAAGCCUUGAUGUCAAAGGGUAGAGGCGCUGCAGCUGUUCAAAGAGUAAGUGAAACUAGGUGGCACCCACCAGACGAGGGGUAUGUAAAGGUAAAUGUGGACGGAGCAGUAUCUGAACAAGGACAUAUAUUUGGGAUGGGUGCACUUGCAAGGGACCAUCACGGGGAGGUGCUCGCAACUAUGGUGUGUCAGGGGCAAGGGGCAGUGGAGGCCGAAAUGGCCGAAGCUUGCAGCUUACGGCGAGCUCUACUGUGGGCUCAAAUGCUAACUUUAAGAAGAAUCGAAGUAGAAACUGAUUGCGCAGCCAUUGUAUUAGCGAUCAACAACAGAACUCUCAAUAUGAACUCAAGCUUGGGUAUCAUUCUUUUGGACUGCAGAGCAUUAAUGUCCUAUUUUGUGUCUUGCCGAUUAAAACAUGUCCGUCGAACGGGAAAUGCUGUUGCUCACGAACUUGCACGAAGAGCGCUUACCAUUGAGGCAGAUCAAUUCUGGGUAGAAGAUAUACCAGAUACUGUUGCGCAUUUUGUAACAGGAGACAGACCCUAUUCUUGAUCAUGUAUUGGUUUCCUGUUUUCUUCUCUUAAUUUAUGAAUAAAAUCUGCGCAUGAAC